GUUUACGAUCUAAUUCGCAGACGGCUUGUUAGACCUCCUCCUUUCUUGAGACUUCGAAACCCUAGCCGCGGUGGUUGCUUCGCAAGCGUUUUUCCUGGAAAAAUUUGCCGCGAUUUUAAGAACGAUUUUCCUUGACGUUUUCUGAAUCGCGACCCAAUUUGUUUUUGUUUUCAAUCGAUUCUUUCAACUAUUUUUGCAAAAUCUUUCGUUUUAAAUCAAAUAUCAAAUCGAUCCGAUCUGAGGAUGUCGAGGUGCUUUCCUUAUCCUCCACCCGGCUAUACGAUUUCAAGGAGCAAUGAAGAAGCAGCCUUGAUCGAAUCGAUUAAGGUUUGUUGAAAGAGCAUCUAGAUUUACAUGUAUUUAUGCUCUUUGUAUCGGCUGCUUUGUUGAUGCUAAUCGCCUAAUACGCGUAACUGGAAUUGGGGUGGGUGAUGGGUUGUACUUACAUAUACCCUUCGUAAAUAGUGAUAUGUACUCCGGGUUCUGCCCUUUGCAUAUAUGCCGCAUCCAUAGGAUUUCAGGCUUGCACAUAUGUGUAGAUGUAGGUGAUUUUUUAAUUAAAAAUGUUAUUCCAUGGCUGUAUUGUAUGUGCUUGGAAGUCUGGAACUGUUGGUAAGCAAAGAACUCGAUAUGAACUCUUUGGUUAUCAUUGGAGACCCCAAUGUAAUUCAUGCGGUAAUUUGUAUGUGCUUGGAGUUGGGGUACUUUUUAAUCAAUGUUAAUGAGUGACCAAAUCAAACAUUUAGAGCUCCAUUACUAGAAAGAGUGCAUAAUGGAACUGUUUUUGGAUGUUACGCUUGGUUAUAGAACUUUUAACCAGCUUUUUUGUAGACAGUCUGACCAAAUUGAGUUUGGUGUUGCAUGAGGUUACAUGGUUUGUAGGGAUAAUAUGCACAUAAGGUGCUGGGAUUGCUUGUUAUUGUGUAAAUGGGAUUCUAAGUUCUUGGUCAUGUGUGCCGUGGAAGGUGUAUAGAUAUGUUGAACCUUGUGUUUUCUCAGUUCUUGGCUUCUGUAAUAUGAAAUUCUUUAUGUCAUUAUCCCAUCAAUCUCUCUCAUUAGAAGAGAAGAAAACCAAACCAAUGAGUUGAAAAUAGUUUAUUAGAAAUAAAAAGUUCCCUUGUUGAUCAAACUAGAAUUUACAAACAUCCAAUGAAGUCUCUUUCCCUGACUUUGCAGUGUUUAGGAGGACUAUUUCACGCUUCUUCACCUGUUUUUGAAAUUUUACCAAGUCUUAUAAAUCUUGCAUUCUUUUACCUAGGCCAAAUGUCGUGUAAUCCAACUGUCUUUUUUCUCUUAGAGUUUGUGUAUAAGCACAAAGCUUUUAUUAUACUCGCUCAGAGUUUGUAUAUACCUCAUCCCUUCCUCUGGCCUCAUAACAUUUUCAUCUUUGCCACCUUUAUCUCUAUGAGUUUGCCUGGUUUUGAAUUGAUAGGAGUGUUGGUGGUUGAAACACUGUAAUAAUUCUUUGAACCGUACAUGUGACUUGUCAUGAUGGAUUUGAUCCUCUUGCUCGCAAUCCUAAAUUUUUUGUCAUGAUUCCCUAAAGCUCCAAAAGGAGAGGGAGAAGAAAGACAAAGCAGACAGUAAAGAUGAGAAGAAGAGGGAAAAGAGAGAGAAAAGGAAGGAAAGGAAAGAAAGGAAAGAGAAGUCAAAACAAAAGUCCAGUGAUCCUGUUCAGUCCGACAAAAGACCCAAGAAUGAAACUUCCCAGUCCAAAGGUGGUGGGUGUAUUGAAAAAAAGAGAUCCCCUGAUUCUGAGCAGUUAGAAAGGAGCAACCUUACUGAGGAAUUUGGUCAUGCUGUUUGUUCAGAAUGCCCAAACAAUUCUUCUGAUAGCACUCAGAACAGCAAUAAAAGGAAAAGGAGUUCUUGCCCACCAAACGUGACCCGUACUCAUGGAAAUGUCUUUAAGAUACGGCUUCCUUUACAGAACCAAAUCAACCAUGAUUCUACUUCUCUUGCUAAAGCUCAAGAGAUUUGUUCAACUUCGGGUCGAAUUGAUUUACCUGUACCACCCAAAUGUGAAUCGUCGUCUACUGUUCGCGUCCCACGAGAUGCCAUUGACAAGAUUUUACCAUCUGCUCCAAAAUCCAAACAAGUGGCAGAGACGCCUAUGCAAAGAGAAGAAAUGAAGUACAUGGAUUUAAUAGAGAAAUUUAUUCCCUCUAGAUUGAGCGACACUCUUGAUUGCAGUGAUGAUGAAGAUUGGUUAUUCAAGGGAAAGCGUGAUGAGAGUGAGGUGACAUGUGUGAAGAAGAGGAAGCCUAUGAGGAGCUCCUAUGAGUUGUGCAGUGCAACGGCUUUGAGAGCCCCUUGUGCCCAGUUUUUGCCGGAUGUGGGAAUAUAUGCAUUGCCAUUCACCAUUCCUUUUUGAGUCGUGUAUGAAAACGUUAGUCCUGUUAUGAAUGCUAUACUGACAGCAAAGAUUUUUUUUGCCACUGGUUGAGGUGUAUAUAUAUUUUUUUAUUCGGUUUUGAUGUUGCUGCCAAGUACGUGUUUUAGGCCCCUCUGACAAAAUAGCAUUUCUAAAAUGGUUAGGAUUUGAGCACAUUAACUGUAGUUUCUAAUCACAAUUAUCACAUUUAGUGUUUUACCGCUUUUACGUGAGCUUGGAUUCUAACUGUUAGAUGAUGAUGUCGAAAGAAAUAAAC